UUAUAUAGAGGUUCGUUAUAUCGAGGUUCCACUGUAUUUUGGGCAUUCAUCUAAAAAAGAUAAUCAUCCCGGCCUUCUUCCACAGCAAGGCUUUUAUACUUCUUUACAAAUUUAAGACGAGCUGGGCGUUACUUGGCGGACUAAGCAGAGGAUUUUUUACCAUCUCAGGGGCCUCUAAUUUUAAACUGGUUUUCAUGACCUUUUCUGGAUUUGGCUUGCUAACUAUGUGAGAACUUUCUCGUCGAGUCUCCCAUUUUGUAUCUAUCCUUCUUUAAAACUAUUUUAGCUGCUUUAUUCGGGACAUCCCCCUCGUUUCUUGCCUUCAAAACCUUCAUUUCUCCAUCAUCAUUUUACCACCCAACAUUCAGAUUUGUCCAGUUUUUUUAGCAGUUUCUACUACAGAGAAGCCAGUAAAUCGAAGUAUCAUGCUUAGGCUCUCGCUUAGCUGAACGUUUGUGCGUUAAGGGGGUUUAUCUUUCGUGAUAUUCACAAAAAACAAGGAAGGAGUUCGAGCAAUUCAGGCUAUAAAAUACCAAAAAAAUGUGGCUGGAAAAUAUACUCGCGUACGCGCACCUGUGGCGCGGAAGUAAACAUAUCGAAUAUUCGAGUCAAAAGAUGGCACAACAAUUAUGAAAAUAGUGAAUUAGAUUGAAAGAGACAACUUUUGUUUCAAUGAUUUGCUUUCCAAGUCCAAUCGUACUGAAAUACAGACUUAUAAAGUAGAGGAACGAACUUUUGGGACACCCUGUAAUUUUUUUAAUUAAGUUGCGAAAAGUACGAGCCGAAGCGAGAGCAGUUAUUCUUUCUUUGACUUUUUUGGUCUUUCUCCUUGUAUCACUUUUCUUUCAAGGAGGAUGUGUACGUAAUGAUCAAGUUAUCUGUAUCAUGCAGCCCUAAAUUCUAUCUCGAAGGUUCUUCAUGAUGUUGUAUAUAUUUUAAACGUAAGAUCAGGUUUAACACAUCCUAAGUAGCUAAGUUGAUGAACAAGGAAUCUGCGCGGCUUGCUUCUAUUGGAAAGCCUGAAGAGAGCGAUAGGAAGUAUUUUUUCAAUAAAUGGUUAAUUACUUACGGGAACUAGCCAAUGCAGAUCGUGUAGUACAAGUUUUGACUGACAGUUCGAUCCUUUUAGCAUUGGAGGAAGCCUGAGGCUCUUAUUUUGGGACUUGUUUGGAAUGGCGGAGCUGGAACACCUUAAGACUGACGAGAAAUUCGCCAUCACACAGUUUACAGGUGAAUUACUCCUCGGCCUGUACAGCAUCGCAUCAAUUGUGGUUGCAAUUAAUAUGCUGAUUGCCAUGAUGACAAACUCCUAUCAGCAAGUCGCGGUUAGUGAAGCAUUUAUUUUGUCAACACCCUAAUUAAUUGAACGAUCGCGAGUGGGUGUGUCUCAGAGUUUACUUCGAUAACCACUGGCUUAAAAUAGUUCUAAUCGUUGCAAAAGUCUCCAAAAUAAUCAUUAAGACCAACAAGAUAUUAGCUUUCCAAGUAUGUCUGAGAUUUCUGCUUACUGAGAGUGUUGUUAUGGACCAUCCUCCACCAGUGCAAAUUCCCCUGUGCUCCAUUCUUGCCCCAGUUUCUUUGAUUUCCUCCGAUCAACUUGCACGCCUUCAAUGACAAGGCCAUCACUUUGUCAACAUUACCUUUACCAUCAGCUCUUUUCUUUUUGCUUAAUAGAUAAUUAACGAAUGGAGUGAUCCAAAGGGGGGCCUGGGUGAACAAUUCACGACCCCGCUUCACAUAGAGAAACAUUUAUCAUGAUAACCGCCGCCUAGUUAGCUCAGUUGAGAGAGCGCCGGUCUGACGAGCGGGAGGUCGCGGGUUCAAAGGCCUGGCCGGACCAACACUCAGGGUCUUUAAAUAACUGAGAAGAAAGUGCUACCUUCUCAAUGACAUCUGCAAAUGGUUAGACUUUCUAGUCUUCUCGGAUAAGGACGAAAAACCGUAGGUCCCGUCUCACAGCACUUUCACUGAUUUUUUCUUGUGGGACGUAAAAGAACCCACAUUACUAUCCGAAGAGAGAAGGGGUCGUAGACCCUGGUUGUGUGGCCAACCUUUACGGGUUGUGGGAUUGGGUAGGGAUGGCACCUCGCAUGGGACCUGAGUCCCGUUCGUACACAUUCCCUCUGGGCAGGCCUGUGUCCAGAAAAGCUGGUAAAUAAAUAAAUAAUAGGAUACUGCAGUUUCUCACAUUAUACUUUAGUAGCUGUCCCGGCGUGGGGGCCAUUCAUCACAGGUGUCCAGGUAAAAUCUCGUAGCUCUGAAGUAAAUGUUAUCUUAUGAAGCUCUCUAUAUACGAAUAAGAAAAACUACCCCUGUCAAUUUUCCGUUGUCAAUAUUUUCAAACCAGUUGUCGCACAUUUGAGUUAAAGCCGAGACAGUCGAGUGAAAAGGGCGAAAUCCGGAUUGAAAUUUUGAGAGAAUAGAAUUGUCCUUUAGAUAACGAUAUAAUUGAUUAAAAACUUCUUUCUCAUAAACUUUACUAAUUAUUGGCAAGAUUGAAAUCAAUCUAUAAUUUCCUAAAUCACGACGAUCGUUAUCUUUGUAAACCAGGUACGCACGCGCAUUUUUCCAUUCAUUAACAAACAUCCCAGAGGGAAGAGACAAAUUAAAUAUGAAGGUUAAAGAUGGUGCAAUUACACUUCAUGCAAUUUUUAAGACCCUUGGCAGGGAUCUUAUCAAGACCGGUACUUUUCGACACUUUUAAGUUUUUUAACGUAAGAGCGACGCUUUCAACUGGAAUUUUAGAUAAUCGAAUGACUGGAGUAUGAUCCAGGUUGUUGGUAUGUAUUAACUUUGUUGGAAGACGUUUUCGUUGAUUCGGCUGCCAAGUUUGGCCCUAUGUUACAAAGAAAUCAUUAAAUGAUUCGGCAAAGUCAUUAUCGUCUGAAAUAAUUCUAUCAUUAAUAAGGAUAUCCUUAACAAGAGUACUGUAGUAUUGUUUCCCUUGCCUGUGAGUGAAUUUAUUGUUUUCCAACCCGUCUUAGGGUCUGUGGCUUAUACACGCAUAAAUUUUUGUGGUGAGAGUAGUCUGAUUUCGCUCUGCUUAUCUCAGUAUCUCGCUCAACAAAAUUAAACGUAGUCAUCAAAGAGUUGCACAUCCGCACUGGGUGGUCUGUACCAGGUGCUAACUAGAAAAUACCUGCGGCAAUGAAGGAUAAUCUCUACAAGAGAUCAUUUCUGGAGACUCGGGCACUAAAUAAAUUCUGUUUGUGUAUGACAGAUUUUCCCUAAUAUAGAGAGCAGCACCACCAGCCGACCGAUUGCAUUCCUUGCGAAUUAUACUGUAGUCUGGAACAUAUACUUCAACUCAAUCAGUUCGUUAAAACAAGUCAGAUUCAUAACUACAGAACAAGAUCUGUCUCUAGCGACUCGUUUUAUGUUAAGUUCUCUAGAACCGAUAAAAUGUAUGCCUUUUUCACGAGAAUCGGUGCCCAAAUUUGGAAUUCUAUUCCUUAUUCGAUUAAAAUACUUAAACGUUCGUCCUUUCGUAAAAAAAUAAAGGAAUUAUUGCUAAAUUUCUUCGGUCAGAAGAUGAUUAUGUCGAAGUCUCCCGUCUUAUUAAGUUAUUUAAUACUUUAGGUUAGCCUCUCUUCGUAAUCGUUAUGUACUUACCUUGUUUUAUGUUAGUUUAAAUUCUAUUUACUGUAUAGUAGUUUCUUCACUGUUAUUUAGUCCAUCUAUAUAUAAAUCUUGUUUUGUAAUAUGUCUUCAGCUCCCCCCGCCUCGAUUAGCUUAUAAGCUAUUUGCGGGUGGGAAAGUAAUGUAAUUAGUUAUUUUCCAAUUUUUAAUAAAAUUUGUUGUUGUUCUUGUUGUUAUCAGCAAUAGUGCUAUCUAGUUUUGAUUCAUUAAUAGCUAGCACUUCCAAAGGGGAAUUAGUUAAAAUGUUGCGAAUUUCAUGUGUUUCCAAAGACUAUUAACAUUUAAGCAGGCAAGCUUAAGCUUGAACCCGUCACAGGAUAACAAUGGGCUCUCCGUUGAUGAUAUUAGAGUUGUAAAAGUCAACUGUCUUUGCCUGUUACAGCAAGGGGCCCAAAGGUGUGACGUCCUUUAAUUAAUAGAAAUUCUUUCAUGAAGGCAUUAACCAAUCAGAAGUCGAGAACAGUUUCCAGCUGGCUUCUGAUUGGAUCAAACCUGCACGAUAGAAUGGGAAUAAAUUAAAAGCGGUCACACUUUUGGGCUCCUUGCUGUAAAUGCCCUAAAACGAACUGGUUUUACAGCCCUCGGUAACUAAUCUAGAAUCCUGAACAGAAGUCCUUGGGACAGUGACGCUGUACUCGUAUUUGUCUUUAAUUUCUGGGUGCCCUCAUAAAACAGUGCCACCUGUUGCAGUUCUCCAUUCCCCGCACCAUAUACAAAUUUGAAACUCGGGAAAAUUCUGGAUACACGCGUCGUAUCUUGUCCGUGGGAUUGGGGAGGAGCUGGGCACGUGUGAUUCGAAGACAGCACCACAAAUGACAUUGUGUUCCAAGACUUUUGUUCAUGAUUGUCGGUAAACUGAUCACAAAAUCGGUGCCCAAAUCUUAAUUAGAUCUUACGGGCUUUAAAUUUUAUGUUACUGUAGGAUGACGCAGAUAUUCAGUGGAAAUUCUCCAGAACCCGGAUGUGGAUGCCAUAUUUAGAUCAAGGCAAUGCAAUGCCGCCUCCAUUCAACCUCAUUCCCCCUCCACACUUAGUGAUUCAACUCUGCCGAAGACUGUGUAGAGGUGCUGGGUACUAUCAGGUAAGUUUGCAGAUCUGUUGUGUAUCGUAUGAAAUUAUGUGUAUGAAAUAAAGUAUAGUGUGUGUGUGUGUGUGUGUGUAUAUUUCGUGGAUCAUCUGUCUAAAUACUCUGCACAGUGCCAUAGAACAAUAAUCUGACCAAAACACCUCAGUCAGAUUUAAAACCAUUGGAAGUAAUGAUGUUGCAAUCAAGAAAUGAUGCACAUCUAAUUUGAGGCAAAGAUCGUCUUGCCAGUGAGUUCUAUGGCUGUUCAUUUUGACUAGAACUAACUACGUACUUUGCAUUUUUUAUUUCUGAAUUUCAGCAUCAAAGCUUCCAAGGAAGAGAUAGAUCAGUAACUCCAAGUAAAGACAAGGUGGACUUAGACAAGGUAAAUAUACUACAGGUGUGUACUAUCAAAUCUCAUACGCUCAUACGUUGUCGUAAUGGACCUUUUUGGGGAGAAAAAUGAUGCCUUAGUCUAGCUCGCUGCGUGUGGUCUGCAACCCGGAGGUUAUGCGACACUGGUAAGACUGUGUAUUUUGUAGGGAGCUUAAGCAAAGACUUUUUGACCGACGGAUUUGAGGCCGGAAGUGAGGCCUUUUUAAUUUUAAAAGGCCUAGCCUGCGAAAACAUCCGUUUCUCCUCGCUCUUCGCCGUCGGGGACGUUUCGCGAGGAGGGACGUCUGCGACUCAACGGCAGAAAUUCCGUACUGAUGACGCAAUCCUAUGUUUACAUAAUAAAUCCAGUAGCCAUGGGAUUCCAGACACAAAUUUGUCCAAUUUUACGUUUCUUCUGGUCGAUUUUAGUAAAGUGUUGUGUUCAUCUGCCAACGAGCUCCAGCAAAACUCAAAUGCUUUCUUCUAGAGAAGACUAUAUUCUACAAAUAUUGACUGUUUUGUCAGAGAUUCUUCUCGUUUACAUUUGACCUUUGUGGCCUUUUGUCUUUUUUCUGUCAUUCGUAAACAAGAGCUAAAACAGUGUAACUACUCCUCGACCAAUCAGAGCUUCUGACCGGAUUCUGGACAGAUUUUACGUCAUCAGUAUGGAAUUUCUGUCUCUGAGUCGCAGACGUUCCUCUCUGCGAAAACGGAUGUUUUCGCAGGCUAUAAAAGGCCUUGACGCUACCGUUUUUAGUUUUUUAGUGUCUUUACUCUUAUAGAGACGAUCUGCCCGAAAAUGAAUGCAAAAAGUCCACUUCCGGUUGACUUGCGUCGCUCAAAACGCCCACUAAUCUAGUUGAAUGGACUAUAUAACGAGAACUUUUCGCCAAAUGAAAAGCACGUCCGUUUUGCGAUGCCUUGCAUUUUUCAUUUUGUAUAUUUCUUUUCUGUAAGCUCUCUUUAUAAAAAAAUUUCAAAUGUUCUGACUACUUCAAGGUUUGACCGACCGCGAAGACAUGCAUGGGUGAUGUAGUUGAUAGUAAUAUCCGCAGGGGUUUUAUACUAUUAUACUUUAACCGUGAAAACCUUUCCCAUAGAUUUCGCAAGUUGCAGAUUUCAAUUGCUUAAGACGAAUAAAACGUUCGAAACAAACAAAUAAAAAAAAAGGCACAAGUUGGAGUUGUUUUUGUUUUAAGCGACCUGCUUCUCCUAGGCUUUGCUAAGUAUCUCCAUACCCGUGCUUUAAAACCAGAACAAUGACAUGCCUUAUGACAUAUUUGCUAAAGUUUGAAGACUUUCACUCAGUUGACGACAUUAUGGAUACCCUAACAGCCUUAUAUACAGCGUUUGUCAAAAUAAAACGACAGCAUUGGCAAAUUACUAAGUUAGAGCUUUUUUAUUUCUCCUAUAGCGCCAUAAAGUGAUGACUCGUUUAAUCCAGCGGUAUCUCCUCACUGUUAACAAGUCAAAGUCCCAGUCCCACGCUGCUCCAGAGUUGGACGCGGUGAGUCUGGACGAGAACGGACAACUGAGGGGCUUGCUAACUCAACUGCAAGAUUUUUUGAAGAAAAAUAAGGAUGGCAAAGAUUCUUCUGUCACCCGCGUUUAGACAAUUUUCCGAAGUACGAGUAAGCUAGGAAAGGGUUUCUGUUGUUGUUGUUGUUGUUUUUUUUUUUUACCAUUCCAUAAGAUUUUCAGGGACACAGUUUCACCACUUGGCGUUUAUUUUGGUGUUUCCUGAUAGUCUGCAAAUGGCUACCAAAUCUCCCAUGUGGGAAAAUGUACCUAAUGUUUAGUUGAUAUUUACCUAAAGGUGAUUUUGGCUCAAAUGAAAUCGAAUGUUUUGAUCGAUAGGAGACUUGGUAGUAAACUCAAACUUAAGGUAACAGUUAAGACCACGUGAUUGGCACUAGGAAAAUAAAGCAAAAGCCUUAGCGUUUGUUCCACAGCGGAACUGUGGUUUAGGUGAGAGAAAGUGUGUGGUUAAAACCACCGAGAUUACCGAAAGUGUCUUGGAUAUAAACUCUUGAAGGCAGUUUCCAAAACAAGCUCCAAAAAUAAUUUUGGAAACACAGUUUUGAAAUUGUCCUGAAAAGAAUUAGUUUAGAUACCUUAUCAGUUAAAGGGUUAGCGUGUAAUUAGGAAUUUCAGACAAAAACUUUUAAUUAGUUGCAAAGGUUAUCCGCCAACUCACAUCACUUGACUUGUUAUAUUAUUUAUCACGUGAUGUGUUUAAGUUGUAACGUUGAGUAAAAUAAAACGGUUAUAUGAAUUGUGACUAAAAUGCAUAAAAAUGAUGUCUUCUUCGAAGACGUCAUCUUGAAAGAUGUCCAUACUCAUAAGAUAGCCAACUCUGAACAAAUAUUUUACCUUAAACAAAACGUUACUUGGCGUUUAGUAUAAAUAGAAUAUUAUUUUCGGUAAAAUAUCUUAUAUAUUAGUUUCGUUGAGGACAAGUUGGGACCGAAAAGGACACUUUUACUUCAAAUAAAAAUACGAAAGUGUGUAUUAGUAACUUCUCGGUCCUUGAGUCUUUAAGGCCAUCUGUCGGACAGAUGUUCGAAAGUCGGACACAACGUCAUAUUUCGCCAACAUGCAUGCUGAGCAUGAGAAAACAGCCUACAUUGCGCGACGCCACCAUAGUUUCCCGCGAAAUGACGUCUGAGAAACGAGCGCAGAAAUUCCAUACUGAUGACGCGUCACCACCCAAAUUUGGUUAGUGCUUCUGAUUGGUAGUGCCGAGUGGGAAAUUUUCUUCAGCCAUUCAGAAUCACUACCCAGAUCUGGGUAGUGAUGCCUCAUCAGCUUGGAAUUUUAUUUCAUUUAGUUUUCUAUUUUCGCACGCCCCUGAUAGAAACCAGGUUUUGUUGAUCUAGGCUAGCGUGGAUAAAUAAAGUUGAUUUUAUCUUAUCUUUAUCUUAAUGUCUGCGCUCGUUUCUCAGACGUCAUUUCGCGAGAAAACUAGUGGUGUCGUCGCGAAAUGACUGCUGUUUUCUCAGGCUUCUUUUACUCCGUCCCUUCUGCUUAGUUUACAGUUCCCGGAUGUCAACAUUCUACACUAGUACCCAGUAUAGCCGAGUGCAGAUUGGAAAUCACGACCCUUCGAGUUCUUGAUUGGACACCCUAUCCACACUACUGGAAAGUCUACUGCGAAAAGGGGCGAAAUUUAAUUGUAAGUACACGUACCUCCUGGUCAUCCUCCCUUCCAAAUGUAGGAGGAAUUCCAAUUGCUUAGGAUGGCCGGAAAAAUACCGAAACUUUCCAAAUCUUUGAAGUUCCUGCCAAUUCAACCAAGUGACCUCACGUAUCAACAGUCAAUAAACAUCUAAAACGGUGAGGUCAAUAUCCUGUAUGGACCUAGGUGUCAUAAUAGACAGGAACUUAACUUACGAUGGCACGUUAAUUUGCAAAACGGCUUUCUUUGGAUCAACGAUCAUAGGCAUAUUGUGAAUGCUUUUGAGAUAUUAGACCUUGACUAUUGUAACAGUAUUCUCUAUGGAUUUAAAAAACUGAGUUGAUCUUGAAGAACUACGACGUCUAAUAACAGGAAGCAGUCGGCAAGAGCAC